UUCGCGAGCUAGGGCGUCCGGGGAGUGCGUUCGUGCUGCUGCGAGCUGGGGCGCGGACGUAGCGGAGGCGAUUGCGCAGCGGCGCGAUCGAGGUGCGUGGUCGAUCGAUCCAAGAGCUUCGUAAAGCCCUAACCCUAACCCUAACCAUUGUUCUUCCUCUGGACGUGACGCGAAGCCUCGCCUCGCCUCGCCUCGCCUCCAGAUCGGAUGAUGGAAUCGGGCGUCUGGAUCAGCGCGUGAGGAGGAAUUCGCAGGGAUUUUCAAGCUGGAGACGCCAUCGGCGCUUUGCUCGUCCCCGGCGUCGGAAUGCUGGCGACCCCCGGACGCGCAGCAGCAGCAGCAGCAGCAGCAACAACAGGUUCUAGGGGCAGGAUUUCAGCAGGGAAUGGCACAGCAAGGGGCGGUGCCAGGAUUCCAGCCGGGAAAUUCACAGGGGAUACCGCAGGGUAGUGGUGUUAGUGUCGUCUCACAGGGGAUACCAGCGCCGAGUAGUGGUGUUCUACAUCCAGGGCAGGGAUUAGCGCCGACGCUGCGGACUCCAGCGUUCCAAUUGCCUCCCUAUCCUCUCCCAGCUGCGUGUCAAAGGAUGACGACCCAGACGAUGCUCGAUAAGAUCAGCGAGUGUAUGCAAAAGCUACAUUCCAAGCCGGUUCUAGCUCCAGCUCCAGCUCCGGGGAUGCCAUGGCCGGGGAUUCCAGGGACGCCGGUGUUCUUCCGCCCAAACGGCCGAGUCGGGGAGACUGUUCAUGUGGCGCGAAAUACCAUGAUGCUGCCAUUGGACCCCAGGUAUGCUGGAAUUCCCCGGGGGCCGUCCGGCCCAGUGAAGCAGGCUUUGAAUGGCGUCGUGAGCGCCGGGGCUGUAGCGGCGAAGCAGCAAGUGGUGAAUGGAACCAGUGUUGGUGCCAUGUCUCUGGAGCGCAUGAGGAUGAAUUGCCUCGAGGGCACUCGGAUGGUGACGGUUCCAACACCGCAGAGUGGUUUGCCGAAGCCGAGAGGGAAGAAAAGGGCGAGGGAGGCGUCCUGUGGCUCGGUUUGUGUGAGCAAUCAGCAGUGCCCGUUAGAGAAUCCGGUGGGGAAGACGAAAAUUCUGAUUUUCCAUCAAGACGGCAGCAAGGCGAGCAAGGUGGUGGAUUUCAUACCCGGCACAGGGAAGUGCACUGGUGGAAUCCCUUCAACCAAGAUAGGCCAAGCUCCUUCUCCGGACGGUGUUACAAAAGUUGAUAGCGAGGCGUCAAGGGAUGGCAAGCGGCAGAGAGUGGAGAGCAGGGAGUGCGUUCUAGCGCGGAUGCUGAUCAACAAUUAUCCAGCGGCCGAGAAUUUGUUACUAAGUGCGGUCCAUAGAGCAACAGGCUCAAGCGUAGCGGAAAAAGUCGCUGAAGACGACAAAAGGGCGCAGGUGCCUGGCACCAGAGCUGCCGGUAAACUCCAGUCGAAGCGAGCCGAGGCGGCGGCGAGCAAAGCCGCUGAGGAACUGAAAGGUGGGAAGAAGCAGGAAGCAGAGUCUGUGGAGUCUUCGGUAUCCAAAGAACCGGAAGGUCCCCUUAUUCAAACGAAGAGAGGCAGGACUCAAACCCGUCCAGUGUGGCUUCGAGAUUCGGUAGUGGAGCCUUUGAAGAAGCCAAAAGACGAAGCUAAGACGGCCAAGCGGGAAAUGACCCCGAAGUGUAAGAAACCAACGAAGGCACGCGCGGAUGCAAAAGCUACUCAGCCUGUGAAGCGAGCAAAGGACGUGGAGAGUGACUCAGAAGACGAUGAGAUAUCAGCUCGUAAGACGCAGAAGAUGAACUGCUUGUUAUCGACAAACCAAGAAUUUGACGAGCCGGAGGCCCAAGAUUAUGACAGUGAUGCAAGCGACAUGUCUGUGGCAACAAUAAUGGCUCAGCAUCUAGCAGAGAAAUUUGAGGAGGGUGUCAUUGUGUGGGCAAAGUCUGGAAAAAGAGCCGAUCUCUUUUGGCCGGCAAAGGUUGUGAAGUAUCCACCAGCGGCAGUUCAAAGUUCUCGUGUCCCAAGCUCCGUCUGCGUGAUGUUCUUCGGGACUGGAAAGCAGCGGGAGUUUUCGUGGGUUCAAGGGAGCAUGAUAUUUCCAUUCAUGGAUGAGCUCGAAAGGUAUCAAAAUCAAACUUUGCAAGAAGAUGAAGAAAAAGCCUUCGGCUCUGCAAUGGAGGAGGCUAUACUUGCGGAAUCUGGUUUUGAGCAAGAAGAAGUUGAGAAGCAGCUGGUUGUCUGUGAAGCUAAACCCGAAACAUCAACUAGUGAUACCGAUCAGCCUCUUCUUGAAGACGUUAAUAAUUUUGCAGAAGAAGAUCAGCACUGCAGCGUGUGUACAGAACCCCGAUCCUUGUUCGAACAAGUUUCUUGGGUCCGUUGUGGUGCUUGUCAAGUCUGGAUGCAUGCAGCCUGCGUAAAAGUUAGCAAGGUGCUAUCGAAGACUGCUUCUUCUUACACUUGUAACAUAUGCAAAAGUAAAACACGGCAAGGGAUGCUGGCGGAGUGGAACACCUAUCUCAUCCCUGAAUGUUUAAUUGUUUACUGCGGAACAAAAGAAGCUGAGUAUCGACCAAAACGCCACGAGGUCUUUUGUCAAUGUGAACUAUGUGGAGAUGGUAAAUUCAUGCCCCCAUCAGAGUGGGAACGGCACGCAGGCUGUAAAAGCAGACGGUGGAAAUCAACUAUUAAGAUAAAAACCACACAGCAGUCUCUUUACUUAUGGCUUCAAAGAAUGAUUGAGAGUGGCGCACCAGGCAUCGGCUACAACUCGCACAAUGUUCGGAAGCUUGCGAUGAAGGAUUUCACCGCUUGCCUACAGGAGCCGUACACACCGGUAAUAGUCAACUGGACGUCAGAAAGAUGUGCCGUGUGUCGUUGGGUUGAAGAUUAUGAAUAUAACAAGAUCAUCAUUUGUAACAGGUGCCAACUAGCUGUGCACGAGGAGUGUUAUGGGGUCAAAGCAUCCGAAAUAAGUAGUUCCUGGGUGUGCCGAGUCUGUCAAACUCCUGACAUAGAACGAGAAUGCUGCCUUUGUCCAGUAAAAGGUGGUGCGCUCAAACCUUCUGAUAUUCCUGGAUUUUGGGUCCACGUUACUUGCGCCUGGUUCACGCCAGAAGUAGCGUUCAAGGAUAUAAAUAAGAUGGAACCGGCGGUUGGUCUGCAAGGGGUGGACACCACCCGUUUUUCUCAGGCAUGUGUAGUUUGUGAACAAGUGCACGGAGCCUGCAUACAAUGCACCAAAUGUCGCACCACAUACCAUCCUAUGUGUGCCUCAAGGGCGGGAUAUCAUAUGGAGCUGCAAAUAUCCAAGAAGAAAAAUGUACCGUCUACGAGGAUGCUAUCAUAUUGCGCUGCACACAAAACUCCAAGCCCUGAUGCAUUUCUCCAGUACAAUAUUACGCAAAAGAAGCCUCCAGCAACCAAAUUUCCACUGGUCCCUGUCCCCACAGAAGAAGUUCCCUGCGUUGAGACGGAAAGGCUAGGAUGCCUUCUCGCUGCCAACGAACUGUCUCGGAGUCUUGAGAUCUCGUUUGAAAAAUUCAAGCGCUGGAGGAUGCUUCCUGCUGCCAGAUGCCAAGCAUACAACCCUGAUGAUACAUCUCACAAGAAACCGACUGGAGCUGGGAUAGCUUACAGGGUGAUGGGAUACACCAAGAACUCCCUAGACUGGAUCAGCUCACUGAGGGACUACCUAGAACCAGAUCAUGGCGAAGUAAUGUCUAUGAAGGAGCGUCUGUCGUUUCUACAGAAAACUGAGAAAACGAGAGUUUGCUUUGGUAAAUCAGGCAUCCAUGGAUGGGGACUGUUUGCGAGGCGAUACAUCAAAGAAGGAGAGAUGGUGGUGGAAUACAGAGGGGAAAGGAUUCGCCGUAGCGUGGCAGACUUGCGGGAAAAGCGUUAUUGCUUGGAAGGCAAGCACUGCUAUCUGUUCAAGAUAAGCGAAGAAGUCGUCAUUGAUGCAACGGAGAACGGCAACAUUGGACGGCUGAUCAACCACUCGUGCGAACCAAACUGCUAUGCGAGGAUUGUGAGCGUAGAAGGCGAAGGCGAGAGCCACAUUGUGCUGAUUGCACGUAAAGACGUCUCAGUCGGCGAGGAACUUACGUACGAUUAUCAAUUCGACAAGGAAGACAAGAAGGUCCUGUGCCUGUGCGGCUCGUCACGGUGCCGACGAUUCAUGAACUAGAAGAACAAGAACAAGAACCAAGAAAAAAAAAAUCACACAACGAUUCUUUCCACAAUUCUUGCCGAGCUGUAAAUACACGUGUUUUAACGCCGCCA